AAUAGUAGUAAAAGAAUUGGUAAACGAAUGGAUCGAUUGCGCAAAAGUCUUAGAGGAAGUUUUCGACGAAAAUCUAAUAAACAUCAAUUGGAUCAACACAUCACCGAAAGUAGUAAACCUCAUCAGUGGCAGUCGGAUGAAGCGGGUGUCAAACUGGGCACUUGUGUCUUCCCAGUCAAAUACCUGGGAUGUGUUGAAGUGUUUGAGUCAAGAGGUAUGCAAGUAUGCGAAGAAGCACUCAAAGUAUUACGAAGCUCUAGACGGCGACCAACUAAAGGCACACUAUUUGUUACCGGCGAUGGUCUGCGAGUGGUCGACGACGAGACAAAAGGUCUAAUUGUCGACCAAACUAUCGAAAAAGUAUCGUUUUGUGCGCCCGACCGGACCAACGAACGCGGCUUCUCAUACAUCUGUCGCGACGGUACUACCAGACGCUGGAUGUGUCACGGAUUUAAUGCCGGCAAAGAUUCCGGUGAACGCCUAUCCCAUGCGGUUGGCUGUGCUUUUGCUGUCUGUUUGGAGCGCAAACAAAAACGAGACAAAGAAACAGUUUCUAUGAACUUUGACCCCAAGACAUCGACAUUUACCCGAAACGGUUCGUUCAGACAGUCAACUCUGACCGAACGUAUGCAAGACCCGCAACUGGCCAAAGCAAUCGAGCGGCCACCCAUCAAACAACCCGUGCACAACCCGUUUGCCGUCGAGCGGCCGCACGCCGCCCCCAACCUAUUGCAACGACAAGGCUCUCUACGGGGCGGUCCACUCAACACUGCCUCGCCAUUCAAAAGGCAGCUAUCGUUGCGCAUCAGUGACUUACCAUCUAAUCAGGAGCGCCAACGAUCACAUUCCGCUGACUUUGCCACUACUUCCAGCAGCAGCAGCAGCAGCCGAUCCAAUGUGAUGACAAUACCCGAAACCUCACCCGUCGACGAACCUACCGAUUCCAUUAGCGCCAUGUGUCAAGAAUUGUCCAAAGGAUUGACCAUUUUAAGCAAUAACGACGACCCGUUUGUGUCGCCGCCGAUACUGUCGCCAACUCCCGUGGCAAUGAUGACAACGACAGCUAACAAUACCGAGGAUAAAUGGAGUCCAUUGAAACAAUUGGCAAACAAUAAUACAUUUGCCGAAAAAUGGAUUACCGAUAGUUCGACAGUUCCGACCAACGAUUCCGUUGCUGUUGCUGUACCGAUAAAUAGGUCGACCACUCCAAGCCCUCCGACAACUACACCACUAGCUCAGCCCAAAGUAGUGGCAGCUCCCAGACAUAACAGUCCCAAUCUGACGCAACUGAGAAGCCUGUCGUUGGGCUCGUCCGAUGCAUUCAGCGAUACCACCACAAAAUCGUCGGCAUCGUCAUCGUCAUCAUCAUCAUCAUCAUCGCCGACGACGACGACAACGAUGACCUGGAAUAGCAGCCAAAUGAUGGCCAGUUGGCGCCAAAACGGCGUAACAUCAACAGCGACGGCGAAAACGACUACUUUAAGGUCGGAUCCGUUUGACGCCGAAUGGGCAGCACUGGCCACUAGACAUCAGGACGAGUCGCCGACGAUGAUGAUGGCGGCGGCGGCGGCGGCCACACAUCUUAAGAGUACGAAUCCAUUUAUACAGACAACUGGAGGUGUUGUUGUUAAAGCAUUUGAAGUGCAAAUGUGAUGAAUAUUUUUUUAGAUAAAUACUUGAAUUAAAUUAAAUUAAUAGUUAUUAUAAUUAAAUAUUAUUAGUAGUAGUAU